AUGCUCAACCAGCCCGUUAGCAGGUCAGAGGGGGAUCAAUCCAAGAAGCCUGACCAGGCGCUCAAUAGAGCGUGUGAAGCCUGUCGGACGUCAAAAGUCCGAUGUUUAGCCAAUUCAGAUCCGACUUCCAACGUUUGCCAACGAUGCGCCAAAGCUGGCAGGACAUGUAUCUUCGCCGCACCCGUCAAGCGGCGACAACGCAAAAGGACAGAUGUGCGAGUCGCAGAGCUCGAGAAGGAGAUCAAGAAAAUGCAAUCGGCAUUGAUGAAGGGUGGUCGUCACUCGCCCCCUGCCACAAGCGAUCACGAAUCUGCGGAUGAGGGAUCCGAGAGGGACCAUGGUGCAGAAGAGACUCCAUCAGAAACGCAGAGGAACGGGAGUGAUACGACUAGUCCAUCAACAUUCACGCAUACAUGGCCAAACGCUCUCGGUCCAAAGUCGCCAAGAGAUGCCCUUGCCAGCACUGGUGCUCCCAAGGACAUGCUCGGAUCUGUUGACGAUUUCAUCGAUCGUGGUGUUAUUUCUGAGGAAUUUUCAGAGGGACUGCUCAACGUCUGGCGCAAUGAUUUGACCGCUUCGAGCCCGGGGAUUUAUGUUCCAAAAGACUGGACCGCGGCACAACUCAGGGAAAGGAAGCCCGCCCUGUUCCACGCUAUCAUGGCGGCGGCGGCGCAUUCGAAAGGCUCAGAACUUUCGGACAAACUCCAUGAAGAAGCAGUAUACUAUUAUGCUCGGACGGCAUUCAUCAACGGCGAGAAGUCUGUGCAAACAAUCCAAGCUCUCCUUGUCACAGUAGCCUUCUACUCGCCGCCCAAAACUCCGGGCCAACUACAGAUCUACCAGUGGGUCAACAUGGCUGCCAGCAUGGCUCUGGAGCUAGGCCUUGCGUCGAGGCCGCGAACACACCAGCAACUCCCGAAGCGGGCUAUUCGAUCUUUGCAGAAGAUCUCAUCGCCGGAGGAGCUACUUGAGCAUUGCCGUACGGUCCUGUAUUUGUACGUUGUGUGCGCCGGUUUUUCUAUGAGACUCAAGCGACCCAAUAUACUGCUUUUCAACAGCUGGAUGGAGGAGUGCCUGAGCAUGCUUGAGAAGUCUCCGUUGCAAGCUGACCAGCGGACCCUGGCGUGGCUUAGACUGCAACGCAUCGCUGACGAAGCCAACACAGCGUUCGGCUUUGACGAUGCAAGUACUAGCUUCAGCCUAUCGGAGCUGCGCAUGCAGAUGAUCUUGCGUAUUUUUGAGCGGAGGAUGCACGAUUGGAAGAAGUCUGUGCCGAAAGACGUAUUGACCUUGACUCUGACAAUGGAGUACCAUCAGAAUAUGCUCUCGAUGUGGGAGUUCGGCAUGGACGGAGGUCGCUACGACGUGACAGAGUUCAGGAACAGACAUCUCACACUGCCGGCACUCGACGACGACUCUGUUCAGCCCGAGUCCCUUCUGUCUCGCUCUGCACUCCAGAUCAACGCUACGACCAAAUGCAUCAUCGAAGCACAGGCCAUUCUAGAGUGCUUCGUGGGGAUAUCGACGGACACGCUGAAGAAAGUUCCAAACCUGAUCUUUGUCAGAGCGAUAUACGCUCUCGUAGUCCUCAUGAAAGCAGACUACGCGGUCGGCACCGACCCUGAAAUGGGCGAGAUCCUCGACUCACAGAGUCUGAAAGUCGACCACUACCUCCAAGCCGUCCACAAGAAGAGCAAGAAAGCAAUGGAGCCUGAAAAGUGUCGUAUGCCAAGUCACUGGACAUUUGUUCUCGAGCAGAAGCUGAUGACGUGGCGAGAUGAGUAUCUAGACUGGAGGAAGGAAGGGCGCCAUCUGAAACGGAGGAAGAUACAGGAUGACAGCACCGCAAACGCCAGCAAGACGAGAUCGCCAAUGCUUGCAGGCGACAACCAGCUGUCAAAAGCACUGCAAGAAGUCAAUGUCCAGACGCAGGCCGGAAGCGACCUCGCAAGUCAAUUGUUACAGCCGCAGCACGCGGCUUCGGAGCAAGGCACAAACUUCACCAUCGCUAACCCGUACUCGUGGACGCCCGGUGGCAUCUCGAGCGAGCCCCUCAGCGACCAGACAGCCUUCGCGCCGGACAUGGGAGACUUCUCUGCUGCGUUUCAAAACGGCGAUCUAUAUCUGUGGAACGACAUCAACGACAACUACGGCGGCUGGAUACCGCAAGGGGGCAGCUUGUACACCGAUGUGGGUUUCCUGAAUGGGCAGGACUACUGA